AUGGUAAACGUCGUCACCAAACCGUGCGGUCACCCAGGGUGCACGAAGAAGCCGUCAUAUGGUAAAUCCGGCACCAAGAAGGCAGAGUUCUGUUCUCAGCACGCGGAGCCGGACAUGAUUAACGUCGUUCACAAGAAUUGUGGCCACCUAGGGUGCACGAAGCGGGCGUCAUUCGGCAAAGCCGGCACCAAGAACGCGGAGUUUUGCUCUCAGCACGCGGAGCCGGACAUGGUUAACGUCGUCGUUCAAAAGAGGUGCGGCCAUCCAGUGUGCAUGAAGCACCCCGUAUUUGGUGAAGCCGGCACCAAGAAGGCGGAGUUUUGCUCUCAGCACGCGGAGCCGAACAUGGUAAACGUUCUUCAAAAGAGGUGCGGCCACCCAGGGUGUACGAAGCAGCCGUCAUUGGGUAAAGCCGGCACGAAGAAGGCGGAGUUCUGCUCAAAGCACGCGGAGCCGGGCAUGGUUAACGUCGUCAACGAGCGGUGCGGCCACCCAGGGUGCAUGAAGCGGGCGUCAUUCGGUGAAGCUGGCAGCAAGAAGAGGGAGUUCUGCUCUCAGCACGCGAGGCAGGAAAUGAUUAACGUCGCCCACAAACGGUGCGGCCACCCAGGGUGCACCAAGCGGGCGUCAUUGGGAAAAGACGGCAGCAACAAGAGCGAGUUCUGCUCUCAGCACGCGGAGCAGGGUAUGGUGGGCGUCGUCAACAAGAAGUGCGGUCACCCAGGGUGCACGAAGCAUCCGUCAUUUGGUAACGCCGGCAGCAACAAGAAGUGCGGCCACCCAGACUGCACGAAGGGGGCGUCCUUUGGUAAAGCCAGCGACAACAAGCGUGAGUUCUGCCCUGAGCACGCGGAGCCGGACAUGGUUAACGUCGUCCACAAGAUGUGCGGCCACCCAGACUGCACGAAGCGGGCUUCAUUCGGGGUAGCCGACAGCAAGAAGCGUGAGUUCUGUUCUCAGCAUGCGAAGCACGGUAUGGUGGGCGUCGUCCACAACAGGGGCGGCCGCCCACGGUUUACCCAGAAAUCGUGA